GAAAAACCUGAAAUCUAUCUUCCCUCUCUUCGCCUAAAAUUUCUAUCCAUUUCAGUGGCAGCUUCAAUAUUGGUAAGUACUAGCUUUAACUAAAGUCUAUCUUUUCCAAAACUUCCAUGGUGAUUGUAGCAUCGCUACCUGGACGCAACCUCUUCUCGUCCUUACCUUCGACGCCACCACCCUCCGACCCCGCCGUCAACACCGCCACUCCUUCUCCUCCGAUCCCAAUUCCCAAGUACCCACCUCCUCGCAGAUCCCUCAAGUCCCAAAAACCCCCUCCUGAACCCUCAAAACCCACUUCGAAUCCUGCCCUGAAGCACCAUCGCAAUUCCAAGUACUACAAACCCAUCAAAGAUGGCGUUAUUACAUCUGACGGCGAUCGCUCCGUCGUCAUUGGCGAGUCCGGAGUGUCCUACCUUCUUCCCGGAGCCCCAUUUGAAUUCCAGUUUAGUUAUUCGGAGACGCCGAAGGUAAAGCCGCUGGCAAUUCGGGAGCCCGCGUUCUUGCCGUUCGCGCCGCCUACAAUGCCGAGGCCUUGGACUGGUAAAGCGCCCUUGAAGAGCUCGAAGAAGAAAAUCCCACUUUUUGAUUCUUUCAAUCCUCCCCCGCCGGGAACGAAAGGAGUGAAGCAUGUUGAAAUGCCAGGGCCGUUUCCACCUGGGAAGUAUCCGCAGGAGGGGAAGACGAGGGAGGAGAUACUUGGGGAGCCCUUGAAGAAGUGGGAAAUAAGAAUGCUUGUUAAACCCAUGCUAGGUGAAAACCGUCAGGUUAAUCUCGGAAGGGACGGAUUAACACAUAACAUGUUGGAGUUGAUACAUUCACAUUGGAAGCGAUCCCGUGUUUGUAAAGUUCGCUGCAAAGGUGUCCCAACCGUGGAUAUGGAUAACGUUUGCUAUCAUCUUGAGGAGAAAACUGGGGGUAAAAUAAUUCAUCGAGUUGGUGGUGUGGUUUAUCUUUUCCGUGGGAGAAAUUACAACUAUCGUACUCGUCCACAGUAUCCACUGAUGCUCUGGAAGCCAGCUGCUCCAGUUUACCCAAAACUUAUCCAAGAAGCUCCAGAAGGAUUAACAAAAGCUGAAGCUGAUAAAUUCCGUAAGAAAGGAAAAAAGUUAUUACCAAUAUGUAAAUUAGCUAAAAAUGGGGUCUACGUUUCCCUCGUGAAAGAAGUAAAACAUGCUUUUGAAGGAAGUCCUUUGGCGAAAAUUGACUGCCAGGGGUUGGAACCCAGUGAUUACAAGAAAAUAGGAGCCAAGCUUAAGGAAUUGGUUCCUUGUGUGCUAUUGUCCUUUGAUGAUGAACAGAUAUUAAUGUGGAGGGGGAAAGAUUGGAAAUCAAUGUAUCCUCAAGCUCCCCCAGUUUUAAGCCGUCCUGAAGUUGGUAUUGCAGGGAACUUGGACAAUUCAGGUGAGACUGAGGAUGAUCAAAAUAAGCUUGAUAAAAACAUGAUUCCUUCAAGCCCAAAAAUGACAUCGCUGUGGAAGCGUGCGAUAGAGUCGAGCAAAGCACUGUUAUUGGAUGAGAUUAUUGAUGAUCCUGAUGCUCUCUUGGAGAAGGUAGAGGAAUUUGAGGUUGCUUCACAGGCCACUGAACACUCCUCCCCGGCACUCAUAUUCUCCAGUGAAGAUGGUGAUGCUGCUACUAAAGGCUCACUUGCAGACUUUGAAGAAGACAGCAGUUAUCCUAGUGAUGGCUUCACUAAUGAGGAUGACGAUGACGAAGAAGAUUAUCUGUAUGACAACUAUGAUGAAUAUGACGAGGAUGAAUCGAAUGGUGUGGUGGGUUCAUCAGCCGCACCUGGAUCACUACCUAUUGACCUAAUUGCUGACAAGCUCAGAAUAAGACGAGACAAAUAAGAGUUUGAUGGGGUCACUCGCAUGU